CUCCACCCACUGUAUCCUGCUGUCCCUCUGACUCCCUCUCUCUAAUGCACAGCUGAGACUGGACCAGCCUUGGUCACAAAGGAAGGAUGAGGCCAUGUGGAAAAGAAAGGACUGAGGGGAAGGAGCCUUCCUGAACCCUUCACUUGAGCCUCCCAACGUUCUGAGAGAGGAGCCAGGUUCGCAGCACCACCGGGCUCAGAGUCCUGUCUGCAUCUUGUGGCAUGAGCCAGAGGUUGCCCAUUUUCCUGGCAGGAUGGAGGGGCUGAACCGGGAUACUUUACUGCCCAGAAGGGAUGCCUGGACUCAGACUUCCCCAGCCAGGAGGAGGAUCAGGCACGCCCAAGUUCAAGGUGCAGGUCAGCUGAAGCUGUCGAUUGAGGCCCAGGACCGGGUUCUGCUGCUCCACAUUAUAGAAGGAAAAGGCCUGAUGAACAAAGAGCCUGGCGUCUGUGAUCCCUAUGUGAAGAUUUCUUUGAUCCCUGAAGAGAAUCGAGCUCGCCGUCAGAAGACACAGACCAUCCCAGACUGCCGAGACCCAGCUUUCCAUGAGCACUUCUUCUUUCCUGUCCAAGAGGAGGAUGAUCAGAAGCGUCUUCUGGUCACUGUUUGGAACAGGGCCAGUGAGUCAAGACGGAGUGGACUCAUUGGCUGCAUGAGCUUCGGGGUGAAGUCCCUCCUGACUCCAGACAAGGAGAUCAGUGGCUGGUACUACCUCCUAGGGGAGGACCUGGGCCGCACCAAGCACCUGAAGGUGGCCAGGCGACGACUGCGGCCCCUGAGAGCCCCACUGCUGAGACUGGCAGGAGGUGAGGAUGCUGAAAAUGGGGAGAAACUCAAGAUCACCAUCCCGAGGGGGAAGGACGGCUUUGGCUUCACCAUCUGCUGCGACUCUCCAGUCCGAGUCCAGGCCGUGGAUUCCGGGGGCCCGGCAGAGCGAGCAGGGCUGCAGCAGCUGGACACAGUGCUGCAGCUGAACGAGAGGCCUGUGGAGCACUGGAAAUGUGUGGAGCUGGCCCACGAGAUCCGGAGCUGCCCUAGUGAGAUCAUCCUGUUGGUAUGGCGCAUGGUCCCCCAGGUCAAGCCUGGGCCAGAUGGAGGGGUCCUGCGGCGGGCCUCCUGCAAAUCAACGCAUGACCUCCAGUCGCCCCCCAACAAGCGGGAGAAGAACUGCACCCACGGGGCCCAGGCGAGGCCUGAGCAGCGUCACAGCUGCCACCUGGUGUGUGACAGCUCAGAUGGGUUGCUGCUCGGCGGCUGGGAGCGCUACACUGAGGUGGCCAAGCAUGGGGGCCAGCAUACCCUACCUGCGCUGUCCCGUGCCACCGCCCCCACCGACCCCAACUACAUCAUCCUGGCUCCUUUGAACCCUGGGAGCCAGCUGCUGCGGCCCGUGUACCAGGAGGAUACCAUCCCUGAAGAGUCAGAGAGUCCCAGCAAAGGGAAGUCCUACUCAGGCCUAGGGAAGAAGUCCCGGCUGAUGAAGACGGUGCAGACUGUGAAGAGCCACGGAAACUACCAGAAUUGCUCAGUCAUGAGGCCACACACUCCACACUCAAGCUACGGCACCUAUGUUACCCUAGCCCCCAAAGUCCUGGUGUUCCCUGUCUUUGUUCAGCCCCUGGAUCUCUGUAACCCUGCCCGGACCCUCCUGUUAUCCGAAGAACUGCUGCUGUACGAGGGGAGGAACAAGGCUGCCCAGGUGACACUGUUUGCCUACUCAGACCUGCUGCUCUUCACCAAGGAGGACGAGCCUGGCCGUUGCAACGUCCUGAGGAACCCCCUCUACCUCCAGAGUGUGAAGCUGCAGGAAGGUUCUUCAGAAGACCUGAAAUUCUGCGUGCUGUAUCUAGCAGAGAAGGCAGAGUGCUUAUUCACUUUGGAAGCGCACUCGCAGGAGCAGAAGAAGAGAGUGUGCUGGUGCCUGUCGGAGAACAUCGCCAAGCAGCAACAGCUGGCAGCGUCACCCCUGGAGAGCAAGAAACUCCACCCCUACGGCUCUCUCCAGCAGGAGAUGGGGCUGGUCAACUCAACCAAUGCUACCCAGGAUAGAAGCGUUACCUCAUCAGGACAGACUCUGAUUGGCUGAGCAAACCCAAGGGCGGGACUCUGCUUCUGGCAACUUAACCCUUUCUUGGGCAUCCCCUACCACACAGUAACCUCACCUCAACUGGACCCAAAAUGGAGGACCAAGAUGGUGGGCCUAGGGUCAUCUGAAGGGAGUGGUCACAAGGGUGUGUGUGGACUGGAAACAGGAGGACCCCAGUGGUUUGAGGUCCUGCGGGUGUGUGCAGAAUGACGUCAGCAAGACUCAAGUGGAGAAGAUGCAGAAGUUCAUUCCCUCCAAGGAGCAGGAGGCUAAAUGGCAUCUGGGCUUCCGGUGGUGGUUCCAGCAUCUGCCUCAGGGGCAGCAGGAGAGGUCGCCCCUGAUGGAGAACAGUGCCACGAUCAGCUGCCACCAGAAGACAUCGCCACCCACUCACUCAUUUGUACACAUUCAGUCAUUCAUUCAGUAGAGAUUUGGGGAGUACCCACUUUAUGCUGGGCUCUGUGCUAGAAGCUGGGGAUACCGUGGAGAACAAGAUGGACGUGGUCUCUGCUGUCAUCAAGAUUUCGGCCCAAGUAGGGAACAAGCAUUACAUAAAUCAGCGCCAACACACACACAGAUGCACACAGGUGACUGCAAACGGUGAUAAUCCUUGAAGGGAAAGAAGGUUCCUUUAGGAAGGAGUUGUCUUCAGAUGGCUUUGUGUGGGAGUGGGGCAGGGGAAAGGACAUAACUUUUAAGCUGAGACUUGGGAAGAAUGUUCCAGGGAGAUAGAGCAGCAUGUGGAGAGUAUCUGAGACAGGGAGGAGCGUGGUGUGCUGGAGGGAGGCGAGCCAACCAAUGUGGCUGGAGCUUAGAGAGGAGAGGCGAGGGGGGGGGCAGACUGUGAGGACUAUUAAUGCUUUAUCGGUUUUAUUCUAGAUACAGUAGGGAGUCAUUGAAGGCUUUUCAGGCAGGAAAUCACAGUGUUGAGGUACAUUUCUCCAGGACCAGAUUGUAGAUGGGAGGGACCCACAUGGUUAUGAGACCAGUUAUGGGCCUCUUCAGUCCUCCAAGUGAGGGGCAGUGGUACCCUGUCCCGGAUGGUGGCUGGGGCAGUGGGUAUGUGAGUGCUAAGCUCUGGGAUGGGAAGAGAUGCUUCUCUGUGCCUCCAACCCUCACCUGCCCUUAUCCUCCACCAUGUCUUGCUCUCUGUGGAUGAGUGAGGACUGGGGUUGUCCUCAUAGAACCCUCUUUUGGCAAGGACUGGCUAGGGACCAGUACGGAGUUCUGGGAGCAUCCCAGAGAGCUGGGAGCAGUGAGUGCUCAGCCUGGCCACGGAGGGAAAAAAUCAGCCCUCAGACCUUAGCAGGGUCUGCCUGGGCUGGCCUUCCACCCUAUACUGAGCAGUCUGUGGGAAGAUGGAACGCAGUUUCCAGUGUUCUGGAAACUGGCUAGGUUUGCUCUUCGUGGAGCUCUGAAGGGAUCAAGACUGUGGCCCAGCGUGGCUCAGCAGCUCUCGUGGAGACCGACCAGCAUGAGGCAGAAGGGAGACCAUCAACAAGACAGCGACUGGAUCCCAGCUCACCUACCACCUGCCCUAAACCCAGCUGGGGCUCAGGCUAGGUUCCUGUCAUACCCUUUUCCUACUGCCAAGACCAGAGAGAGGGAAGCCUGAGGCCAUGGACCUGGGGAACGUGGAGCUUGUGCAAAAGGCUAUCUAUAGGAUCGGGGUCGAUUGCAUAGGAGAAAGGAGUCGGAGAAGCUGGAAGGAUGGCUCAGGCCAGAGACCCUGUGGCCCUGGAUACUGCCUGUGUUGUGUCGUGGAAGACCUCAGUGUCUUUAGAAAAGGGCCUGUGCCCUCAUGAGCGUGAUCAGCUGCUUGGCCACUUGAACCCAAACACCACGGCCUAGGAGAGAGUAUGCCCUUUCCCUCCUGCUUUUCCUGUUUCCGAUCUAGGAACGAUGAGAUAUGUUGAACCAGUGGUCUAAUGUGGGUGGGAUGGCUCAGCCUGUGGCCAGGCCCAUGCCCACCCCACCCCAGCUGGGGAAGAGAUGCUGCCUGGACUGGGACAAGUGAUACAGAGCAUCGCUGUCAGCCAGGGCUCAGCCCGCAGGGUGCAUUCUGAGAGGCUGACAGCUGGGUCUGUGCAGACGGCAAGCUGCACUUUGAUUUCAUUUGACUCCCCUACAAAAUAACAUUAAGGCGAAUGCGAGGCCCAGGAGAAUUGCCUGUCUGGAAAGGCAGCGAGCUUGUUUCUCCUGGACCUGGUGACCUACCUUCGUCUACCAGAUAGGUGCAGAGGACAGGCCAGAGCUCUGGCUGCAGAGGAGAAUGGAGCACCUGAACACAGCACCCAACCCUGGGACCAGGCCUUUCCUCCCAGCUUGUUGUGGCAAACAUCUGCUCAGGAGCCCAGGCCUGGCCUGCUGAAGGGAAACCGGAC